AUGUGUGUGGGUGGUCGCGGAAUUCCUGUAAAACACUGGGGUGGGUUCUACAAAAGAGCAAAGGGGGUCAAAACAACAGCCUGGGAUGCUCUAAGGGUUGAGUGGGGGAACUGGAAGUUCAUUGCCAAGGAGCGCCAGCGUUACCCAGACACUGCCUCAUUCUGGCAUGCAUUCAGCGACAGAAACGGCAAGAGGUUUUCAUAUCAGCAAAUCCUUAACAGCAUCGCAGAGCAGCGGACUUCAGCAGCAGCUCAAGAUGCAAAUAAUGCACGCACAUUUUUUGGUGGAAAUCUUGACCAUCCAUUGGCUCAGGGUGCAUUCCGCUAUGCCAAGGGUAGCAAGAUGUAUCUAUUGAGCAAGGAUGAUGCCGUUGUAGUGGGGAGCUUCAGGCAAAGGCUGGGGAGACAGGGAUAG